GAGCUAGAGAGAGAGAGAGGCGCACACACACACACAGAGGGGGAGGUUGGUUCCUGAUACCGAGACACGGAAAAGCAGGGGAGGGAGAAUUACAGAAAAAGACGAGCGUGGAGAGAGGGAGACAGCGAGCAGGGGAAUUACACUGACCGACACACACGCGUCUCCCAGCUGACUGCUGACAUUGUUGACGUGCUCACUCUCUCAAAGCUGUCACGGGCGAAAUACUGGAGCUCCAAAGCAUCGACAUCGCGCUCCCCCAGAACUCAUGGGUUAACAGCAUAAAUGUCUGAACAUACCCAAAACAAGACCUGUUUACUUUAAAAGAAAAAUUAGACUCUGUUCAGGAGAAGCAGCCACCCGUUAGUCCAAUGAAUAACCGGAAGGAAGACAUGGAGAUCACGUCGCACUACCGGCAGCUCCUGCGGGAGCUGAACGAGCAGCGGCAGCACGGCAUCCUGUGCGACGUGUGUGUGAUCGUGGAGGGCAAGAUCUUCAAAGCGCACAAGAACGUGUUGCUGGGUAGCAGCCGCUACUUCAAGACACUUUACUGCCAGGUGAAGAAGGGCUCAGAGCAGCAGGCCACCAUCACGCACCUGGACAUCGUCACAGCCCAGGGCUUCAAGACCAUCCUUGACUUCAUGUACUCCGCCCACUUGGCACUCACAAGUAAGAAUGUGAUUGAAGUGAUGUCAGCCGCCAGCUACUUACAGAUGACCGACAUAGUGCAGGCGUGUCACGGCUUCAUCAAGGCAGCGCUAGACAUCAGCAUUCGCUCCGAGCUCACAGACGAACUAGCGGAUAUCGAGAUGGGCAAUGUGGUGAGCUCUAUGGGAGGCGGGGCUGGGCCCGGUGUGGGCGGAGCCUCUGAAGCACUGGCAUCCAUGAUCUCAGCCCGCAGCUCCUCGCCGUGGUUGGCCAGACGCACCAGCCCGGCAAAUUCAUCUGGGGACUCGGCCAUCGCUAGCUGCCACGAAGGUGGUAGCAACUACGGCAAAGAGGACCAGGAACCCAAAAGCCAUGAGAGCCAAGAGGAUGCUUGUUUGCAGCCUUUGUGGCCUGCUGAUUACCGUUCUGUCCAGGUCAAAGAGGAGCAGGUCUCCCCCUCUAAUCUACAAGAUGGGGCUGGCCGAGGGGUGCAAGGCACGCCUGGAGAGCAAGGUGGACGAGGAGAGGGGGGCUGGCAACCCCCAGGCUCAGGCCGCAGGAAGAAUCGUAAGAACAAGGACACAGUCAGGCACAUAACUCAACAGAAUGAAGGGGACAGUCGGACGGCAUCGCCGCUACCAUCCAUGCUCUCCAAUCCUGGCUGGAGCUACAGCAACCAGGACAUUCCAGGUGCAGAAGUGACGGAACCCAACAUUUCCGACAGCCGCGGCGAGCGCAUGGACCUCCUGGUAAAGCAGGAGGAGGCCGCAGCGGGGGACGGCGGAUUUCUGUCCGGGGAGCGCGAUGAGGCCGUGGCCCAGGAGAGAGGGGGCUCGGUGGCCAACCUGCGAGCCGCCCUCAUGAGCAAGAACAGCUUGUUGUCUCUGGGGGCAGAGAUGCUCGGAGAGGAGAACCAGCUUCUGUUCGACUACCUGCCCAAGGGAGGACACUCUCUCUCCCGGCCUCGUUGCUCCAAUGGCAGCAGCAGCUCCCACCAUCCAGGGGCCCUGUUUGGUAGCAAACACGGGGCGUCUUCUUCAUCUCCUCCGUCUACUCUUCCUCCUCUUCCUCUUCUACUGCCGCCUCCGCCAUCCGUGCCACAGCCCCCAGGGGCCCUCGGUAUGCCACAGUCUGGGGGCCCCCCAGACAAGCUCUAUGCGGAACGAGCCCUCAAAGCCUCACCCACUGAGGAGGAAAUGCAAGAAGAAGACAAUAGUCCAAAUAACAAUGCAGGGCUGGAGCAUGUCCAGGUUCCUGUAGAGGAAGAUCAGAUGGUGGAGGAGAAGCAUGGAGUGUGUGUGGCGGAGGUGCAGGGCGGAGGGCCGGGCUGGCGGCAGGAGCUCGCCUGCUCUCUGUGUAAGCAACUGUUUAGCAGCCUGCUUCAACUGAGACAGCACGAAUACAGCCACACGCUCUCGCUCAUGGCCCUCUCGCUAGACUGCCUCGACCACCAUCGCCCCCUAGUGGCUUCGUCUCCGCUCAACCCUUCGCCGGCGCGCUACCAUUGCUCGCAGUGUCCCGCCAGCUUCACCCUCAAGUCCAACGCCGACCGCCACGAGAAGACCAUCCACCUCAAACGGAAGCUGAUGCAGUGCAUGUACUGCCUCAAGCACUUCCGCGACCGCACGGACCUGAACCGGCACCUGUCGUCCGUGCAUUCCAGCGAGCGCGUCUACACGUGUCCCGCUUGCUCCCGAACCUUCAGCACGCAGAAAAACCUGGCUACCCACGGGAAGGUCUGCUGUCAAUCGGGAAUCUCGCCCACGGAGCAGCUAUGGAACCUCCACGGCUUAAAGGAAGACGACCACAUCCGUAUAGACGACUGAUUCUCCAAACCAGCAACAUUUAGCUUUUCGUUACAAAGGGAAUGUGAUACUAACUUCAGGGCAUCCCAGUUCAGGCCUUCCCCAAGUUUUGGCCACAGCACUGUUGACCUUUCUACAAUUACUGUACAUUAUUUUCUAUGUUCUUCAAACAUCUAAAGUAUCGUCAGGUUUUUUUAUGAGUAUGGCUGCUGAGGCACAAUUGCUAUGCAAAAUAAAGACAUCCUCUUGUCGCAUAUAGAGCUGUCUGCUUUUUGUACCACGCAGGAUUAUUCAAGGACUGGAGAACAUAGAGAUCUCGGUGCAUUGGAUGCCAAUGCCUUUACAUUUUGGGUGGCUUCGCACCCCCUCUUUACCAGCGAACUAAUCUUAUUAGUCUUAGACUGCAAUACGGACUCAGGCGCAGGGGUCUCUUUAACUCACCAGGAUGUUAAGUAGUGAAUUCAGCUGUUAAACCUGUGCACAAUGCUGCCCUCUGCAGGAGAGUCUGUCUCUUGUAUUCUGCACUUGAGUGUGAGAUGAUUAGGGAUGAGAAAGAUUAGGGAAUGUCCUAAAUCUUUCAGCAAGCUACGUUGUCUUCAAAUGUGUGUGUGUGUGUGUGUGUGUGUGUGUAUGAGAGAGCACCGAAUCAUGUCAGUAAUUAGCUCUUCUCGGCUCUCGCCCAUGCUGACCCUAAAUCGCACUGAUAAAGAAGAUGUAAGAGGAAAGGACGUAAGUCCUUUAAAGUUGUGACCGGUCCUUGUGUGACCUCACACUAGCCUGACUGUAACAGCCAGUAAAAAAGUAAAAGGGUAUUGAAGGUGUUUUCUGGACCCUUGCUAACAAAUGUGGAUCUAAUGUCUACUUAGUGUUGAACUUUAUAGAGUUCCAGUUUAUGGGUAGUUGUUGAAGAUGGAAGUGAAUUAAGAUUUUUUUUUUAAUCUUAGCCGUGUCAUUGAGUGGUCAGACCUAAAGCUUCUCCAGUAGAGUUCUGGGAAAUCUUCGAGGCAGUCUACACUUGUAGUAAUACCUGGAGGAGAUGUUGUUAUGCUAAUUGCAAUUUUCACACAACAUAUGUCAUACACUUACGACAAGUUCAUUAGUGUAUCAGUGGGUGCUUACACACCAGAGGAAGCUCUGAUGGAGCAUUCGGAGGAUAAGGGAUGUGUUAGAUCCAUUUCGAGAGUGCGGAAGAGUUUAAAAGGUUGAAAUUGAGCUAAAAUAGAGCGAAUGCUAUUCUGAAACUUGAAACUACUAAGAAUCUUGACGAUUGGUCAACAUAUUGUCAGUGCGCACUGCUGCAGUAGUAAUUAGCAUUUUUGUGACUUUUGAGUUGCUUGUUUUUUUUUAUUGAAAUCAGAUUUGGCGAAUGUGUUGACAUUCUUACUGACACUGCAGUAAAAAAAAGAAAAGUGGACUGUUAUACUAGAACCACCGAAAAUUAUACCCAGUCUUAUACCCAAGUAUUCAAAAGGCCUCUUCUUUCUUUUUUUCCUUAGAAAUAUGGAGGUGUUUGUCUGGUGUCUUUGCAAAGGUCUUGAAGGUCUCCGACACUUUUUGCAUAGACCAUCCGAUCAGCGUGUCAAAUGUAACUCUUUGUUUUUUUGUUUUUUUUAUUCUGUCACAAUAUCUGCUUGGAACACAGAAUGAAAGCAUCACAGUUAUCUUUCAAACUGUUAAACGUGGUGCGGUGUUGAAUGUGGGAUGAUUUGUGAAAGGAAUCACUGUUUAUCACCUAUGCAAAGAGAGCGAGAGAGAUUUGCACUGAAGUUUUCAAGGUCUUAGCACUUUCUCCUCAGGAAACGAAAGGACUGAUGCACUCUGAUAUUGUCUGAAGAGGUUUGAAUGGUGGGCGUAAAAAACGCAUCAGAAAUCUCAGUCACAGCUGUUUUGAAUUGCACUAUUUUUUAUUAUCAAAAUGAAAACAAACGUUAAGACUGAAAGCACAGAUUUCUGUAAAUGUAUUUUGGAACAAUAUUAUUGUGUAACUGGUUGGUUGUAAUUUUGUAGACAAUAAAUUUUGACGUAAAGCAUCACGAACACUGUGGUCAUUUUAUUUUACGAAUAAUGAAAAAUGAAAACUGCGAACCUGUUAUUUAAAAAAAUGAUCAUGUUUGGAGGGUCACAUGGGGCUACCUUAAAUUUAAGCGCGUUGUCUAGAUCUGACCAUCUGCUGUUUAAAAAGUGUAGAUUGUCAGUUCCAGAACAGAUGCUCAGAUUCUGAAGUAGUAAAUGGGAAGCGUGUUGGUUUUGACGUUUCAGCACAUGCUCAGGUCUUUCAUGUGUAUGGAUUAUUAGGUAAACCUGAGCUUCAGGUCUGUUCUUACCUAAAUGGUGCUCAUCCGCUUAUUAGCUGAGCUAGUCUAGACCACUGCCUAAUGAGAUUACAGUCAUCACAGUAUGAAUAACACAAAGCACAUGCCUCUGUCUGAAUCUUUUACUAACAGAAGAUGGAAAAAUUAGAACGAGGACAAGUAGUAGUGGAAUUGAUGUUUGGUUUUGUGAGUUUGGGUUGAUAAUUCGUGCAGCGAUUGUUCAGCAAACAAUAGGAAGCUAUGCUAUGCUGUGUAGUGGGUUUUUCAUCUUUCUUUGUUGAAUUUGAGCAGUAAAAUCUGUUUCGGUGCUGUGGUUGCUAGGGAAACUGUCUUUUGGGGCUGCUUUUGGUAGCUAAGGGCAGGUGAGUUAGGGAGAGUAUCCCUCUUGCAGUUUGUCAGUGCUUUGGCUAUCUUCAGUGUCUGCCACUAGAUGACACAGGGAAAGGAUAAGAGGGAUUGGAAAGGAUAUACAGUAAGUGAUGUGAAAGUGGCAGUGAUAAUAUCAUGAUGAGCAGUGACAAUUUACAGGGUAAAAACUCAAAUGUUUUUAUUUAAAUAUAUGCUCAUUAAUGUCUUUUUUCCAUUUUUUUACUCUUGUACCGUGCAGAGUGCAGUAAUAUUGUAUAAUGUUAUUCAAAACAUACAUAUUGGAGUACUGGUAAAGCUAACAUACUUGACUAGACACUGCCAUUUAAAAGUUUGUGAUCAGUAAGAUUUUUAAUGUUUUUAAAAAUAGUUUCUUAUGCUCAUCAAGGCUGCGUUUAUAAAAAAAUACAGAAUAAAUGUAAUAUUGUGAAAUAUUAUGAUGUAAAAUAACAUUUUUUUCUAUUUUAAUAUACAUUCAAAUCUAAUUUAUUCCUGAUAUCAAAGCUGAAUUUUCAGCAUCAUUACUCCACUCUUCACCGUCACAUGAUCCUUCAGAAAUUAUUCUAAUAUGCUGAUUUAUUAUUAGUGCUGCAAACAGUUGGUGGUUAA